AUGACCCCUGCGGACCGGAUCCGCGCCCACAUCAAUCAGGCCCUGCAGGAGAGGGAGGCCGCCGCAGAGCUUGCCAAUGGCCAGGUCCCCAGCCUUAACACAUACCCGACUGAGGUCUCUCCCUGGCUGGAGCUAACCCACUGGCCAGAGUACCUGCGGGGGCAGGACCUGACCGCGGUGGCCCUGCUGGGUUGCCUGCUAGACCCAGCAUGGGAGCCCCUGCUGGCCCUAUUCAGUGCUAGUGUUGAGCGGCUGUGGCUAGUCUGCUUCGCCUACUACAGCACCCAGCCUGACCAGCCCAUCCAGCUGCAACACCAGCUCAACACCACCCAGCUGGCCGCGCUAGACCAGAUAGAGGAGUACAGCCAGGAGCUGCUUGCCCUACGCGCCAAGGGGGUGCCAGAUACCCCACAGGUAUUACAGGCACCGCAGGCACCGCAGGCAUCGGGGGCAUCAGGGGCAUCAGAGGCAUCACAUACACGACUCCAAUCACUUGCACCAUGGCCACCAAUAGCGCCCCCAGUGCCCCAGACGUUGGCAGAAACACUAGGACCCCCAGUGCUACCGGCACCCCCAGCACUAUCCUCCCAGGAGAAAAAGGCACAGGACCAGCUAGACCAGGCCUGCCUGGCCCUCUCCAUCGCCCUCCUAGAUCAUACCCUGAAGGGGGAUCUCUUUGAAAGCACCCUGGUUGCCUUCCUGGCAGUACUAGGGGUGGACCCUGCGCGCCAGACAUUCCAGGAGCCCUGUGCCUAUGCUAGUUACCUAUCUGGGCUAGUUAAGAUAGCCCAGAUGCUGGUGGCCCUGCAGGCAGUCCAUCUGACUAAGACUGGUGAGGUCAGCCACCCAGCAGAUGCCCUGGAUGAGAUGCGCGAGCGCUUCCUGCUGUAUGGGGCAGACCUUACACGGCUCUUCCUACUCUAUGAGGAGGAGGUGUGGGAGGAGGUAGUACCCCAGCUGGUGCUGCACAAGCUACAGGAUGAUCCCACUAAUAACCAGCAGGGCUGGAACUUCCUGUGGGACCAGCGUACCCGGGCAGCCCUGCCUACCACAGGGGAGUGCCAGCAGGACCAGGUGCUGUGGCAGGAAGGUGUAGUGAACCACUACCUACAGCAGGCCAAAGCAUUCCUAGAGCACCUACUUCUAUUAGUCUAUAUUACUGGGGGGCAGCCAGGCCGGGCCACAGAGCUACUCAGCCUGCGCCAUAGUAAUACCCUGCAUGGCCGCCACCGCAAUGUAUUCAUUAAGCAUGGGCUCGUGAGCACGGUCACUAUGUACCAUAAGGGGUAUUCCAUUGAUAACACCAUGAAGAUCAUCCACCGGUAUCUGCUGAAGGCUGUUAGUGAGCUAGUGGUCUACUAUCUGUGGCUAAUCCUGCCCUUCUGCCAGGCACUGCAGAAGCUGGUCCAUGGGCAGAAGGGCCCAGCAUCCGCCUUCCUAUGGCCUGUGGGGGAUGGGAGCUGGGAUAGUAGCCAGCUGCGCAAGGUCCUCCAGCAUAAGGCACAGACCCAUCUACAGACCAAGAUGAAUAUCCUGUCCUACCAGCACGCAGCUAUCGCCAUCUCCUGUGUACACCUGAAAUGUGGGGGGUUCAAGCAGGACUAUGGGGCAGAUGAUGCGGCCUUAAUGAGCAGGCUAGCCAUGGGUCCUGGAUCACAGGCAUAG